AUGUCACAUUUGCUGCAUAUACCCAACUUGGUUUACAGAUUAGACAAAAUCACUAAACAAAGUAUUACAUACACCCUUGGAGGUCGGGGGGCGGGGAGUGCUACCUCCCUGAAAUGGUGGUGAUACCUCCCUGAAAUGAGUUUUUGCAGGGUGGGAUGUCUGCACAAGACGCUGGAGGAACUCAGCAGGUCAGGCAGCAUCGGUGGAGGUGAAUAAACAGUCCACUUUUUCGGGCCGAGACACUUCAUAAAGGCUGUUGUCUGCAUGGUUUGUAUUUGGCGCUGUGAUGGGACGGGAAAAGAGGGGUGUUUGGCUCCGUAGGCACGAAUUCCCAUCGCCGGUGCCGGGGGUGCUGCAUCAGUGAAUUCUCUGGACUAAUUUAGGAGGUUGGAGCCCCAGGUGGCGCUGUCGCGGAAAGGGUCACCGUGGCCGGUGGAGCGGCGCUGUCGGAGGAGUCCUCGGGGGUCACCGUGGCCGGUGGAGCGGCGCUGUCGGAGGAGUCCUCGGGGGCCGCCGGCCGGUGGAGCGGCGCUGUCGGAGGAGUCCUCGGGGACCGCCUGCCGACCGGCGCCGGGAAUGCGCGAGCGGUUGCGAGGGAGCGAGCUGGUGUGUUGGGGUAAGUGACCUUGGGGAUCACAAAUCCGGUGUCAUUUACCAGGUACUUUACAAAUCCAUCAGCUCGUUUCCCUGGAGCCGGGAUUGAUCGUGAGGAGGAACUUUUGCUCACCACGCUGACGUUUGGCGUCGUGCCCGUCCCGCAGUUCGGCUCCACCGCACACCGGGACCUUGAACGGUUCCCGUAGCCUUCCAGGCGCCGUCAUGUCGAGGAUGGUGACUGUGUUGUCUCUCUGCUGGACUUGCCUGCUCUUCUGCGCCGGCCUCGGGCUCUUCCUCAGCGGCUUCAUGCUGGUUCGGCUGGAGCUCCGCGGCCGCAGCUUGUGUCAGGACGCAGAGUUCUCCGGUGCGGCGUCCUCCGCUCGGGCUUUAAACUCCUGCUGGAUGCCGAGGCGCUUUUCCAAAGCCGUCGUCCUCGUCAUAGAUGCUCUGAGGUUUGACUUUGCCAAGUACGACCCAGGAAACAAGAAUCCCAAACCGUACGAGAAUAAGCUGGAGGUGAUCCAUCAGACUGUUGCUGCUAAACCUCAGCAUGCGAGACUUUUCAAGUUCAGAGCUGAUCCGCCCACAACAACAAUGCAGAGGAUUAAAGGGAUGACCACGGGUACUUUACCUACCUUCAUAGAUGUCGGCAGCAACUUUGCAUCCCCGGCAAUCGAGGAAGAUAAUUUGAUUCAACAAUUUGUGCAAAAUGAGAAGAAAGUGAUAUUCAUGGGAGAUGACACUUGGGAAGGACUGUUUCCAAAUAAGUUUUACAGAUCAUUCCCCUUUGCUUCAUUUAAUGUGAGAGACCUUCAUACAGUGGAUGAUGGUAUUCUUCAACAUAUUUUCACAACAGUGGAAACUGGUGAAUGGGAUGUACUCAUAGCACACUUUCUGGGAGUUGACCACUGUGGGCAUCGAUAUGGGCCUGACCACCCAAUGAUGGCCAAAAAACUCAAUCAGAUGAACCAGAUGCUGAGGUCAUUAAUUGCAAAACUUCAAAAUGAUACCUUGCUGGUGGUUAUGGGAGAUCAUGGAAUGACGGAAACAGGAGAUCAUGGAGGUGACAGUGAAGGCGAAGUUGAUGCAGCUUUGUUUGUUUAUAGUCCAUUUCCCAUGUUUGAGGAAAAUGCUGCUGAAGACCCAGAGGUUGUCUCUCAGAUAGAUCUUGUACCAACCUUGGCUCUUCUACUUGGGAUUCCUAUUCCAUACAGUAAUAUUGGCAUGGUGAUUGUGGACAUGUUUACAUCUUUGCCAAACCUGAGUGAUAAUCAUGAUCUUGAGCAAGCAAAGGCACUUCGCAUCAAUGCCAUACAGGUGAAUCGAUUUUUGGAAGCCUAUUCUCAAGUUGCCAAGGAUCUCCCCAAGGAAAAGCUGAGUUACCUGAGGGAAUUGUUUUCCACUGCAAUUUCUGAAUAUGAUGCUCUGAUUACAAGCCAACAGGUUUCUGAAAAAAAUAUUCCCAACCAAGAUCACCAUGCAAGGAUGCAAAAUCUGGUAAUAACUUUGCAGCGUUACUUGAGGGAGACCAAGGAAACAUGUCAAGAAAUAUGGGCCCGUUUCAACCCUGCACACAUGCUGUGUGGUAUUCUGCUUCUUGCAGCAUCUUGUGUACAUUGUUUUUUGGUAUCUGAAAGUGUAUCAACUUUUGAAUCAUUAUACAGAGCACUUCUUAUCUAUCCAAUUAUCUGGGGCCUGACUUCAGGGUUAAUGUUCAACAUCUGCAUACUGAUAUCUGGCAUUAGGCUGGAGCCUCUAACAGCAUGUUGUUGGGUAGCUGUUGGGUCGCAUUUGGGCUUUCAUUGGUAUUUUUGGAGAUCUAAGUACAUUGACGAUCAAGUUACAAACAAAUUAUCCCAACGCUUCAGUGCUGGCUUUAAAGGGAAGUGGCGAAGUUUGUGGAAGUUCUUUGUACCUUUGGGAAUGCUUCUGUUACGGUGUGGGGCGAUGUUUUCCAAUAGCUUUGUAGUAAAUGAAGGACAAGUGGUAUCUUUCCUUUUGAAAUCUGUUGUGACUUUUACUGUCAUAAAACUAAAGUGGGAUGGUAAAUUUAAUAAUUAUAGUUUAAAUGUGCCAGAUAUACAUAGGAAUCCUGGUUUAAUUACAUAUAAAAGAGAAACUGUUUACCUCAUUGGAUUACUGGUGACCUUUCUGCUGUGUGUUCUCUUCUCCAAUAACUUUUAUAAUUGCCGUGAAGAACUUGUGAGCUGUGUGCCCUCUUCCUUCCUCAAACCUUUGUCAAGUUUAAACAACAGGCAAGAAAGGAACCUCCAUUAUAUCUUGUCAGUGUCUUCACUUGCACUCUUGAUCUACCUCGUACGAAAAUGGUUCCUUCAUUACGGAAACCUCAACAGCUCACACUUGAUUGUGUUUUUUGUACGUUUGGGUUUCCCAUUUAUUGUAUUUUGCUUAUGCUGUUUUUGGGCUGUAAAUGCUGCGCCAGAAGAAACUUCCAUUAAACUUCAAGAUCUAAAAAAGAAGAUAAUAAUAAUUCUCCCAGGAAUUGUUGCUGGCCUAAUAAUAACAGGCUUCUUUAUUGUACUAUGGAAUCCAAUCACUGUAUUUGUGAAAGACAACAAACAGUCUGAUGAAACUCUUAUUCCUUCUGCUGAAAUGAAAUCUGAUUCCCUGCAUGUAAUCCCACUGAUAUACCGUAAGAUGCAGCAGUCAAUGAAAAUGCAUUUUAGUGAUGAUCAGAAUGAGUCUCAGGCAGUGUCAGCUUAUGGCCUUGGAACUGUGUAUUCUGCUGCACUCCUCAUUAUUAUUGUUCUCUUAACAUUUUUGCUUAUUCUGCUGCAUAAUGAGAGAAUGUCACUGGCUUUCCUGCUGCUGUUUUUGGAAGGAUUUACUUUUCUGGAGAUACAUGGUACAGCAAGGAAUCUGUCAUUACAGUCUGAUAACACAGGCUAUUUUACAGUCCCAUGGUCUGCAGUUACAGCCUGGGUCUUCACAGCUACACAGUUCUUUUAUGCUACUGGGCAUCAGCCAACUUUCCCGACUAUCCAGUGGAAUGCAGCCUUUGUCGGGUUCACUGAGGGGCAUAGCUCCAAUGUGCUGCCAGCAAUGUUGGUUGGGAUGAAUACCUUUGCUUCUCAUAUUCUUUUUGCAGUGGGAUGUCCUUUGUUACUGCUUUGGCCAUUUAUCCGUGAAGUGAAAAACGCUAAAAGCAAGAUUGCCAGAAAGGAAUCUGGAGAGGAGGAGCUGAUGAUGGAGAUGAGAUUGCGAGAAAAUCCUCAGAUGUUUUCUAUUGCCAUGCUGCAACUGGGAAUGAGAUACUUGUUUGCCUACGGUGUGCAGCUCCUUGCUUCUGUGUGUGCAGCAGCCAUAUUAAGGAGACAUUUAAUGGUUUGGAAGAUCUUUGCACCAAAGUUUCUUUUUGAAGCUUUGGGCUUUAUUGUUACAAAUAUCUACCUUGUUAUCACCUUUUGUUUUGUGAUGCGUGUGGAUGUUGGUGUCAAUACAUGGUUUAAAGAAUUACUGAAGCAGUCAAGGUAGUUAAUUAAUACCUUUACAAAUGAAGUCCAGUGAAGAUUGCUAUGGAGUGUUACAAUUGUCAACCUCACUGAAUACCAAAAGAAAACCAACCAUGACAUUGUAAUUAUCUCUGAACAUUUACCAUUGGGGGAAAAAAAGCACAAUUUACCUUCUUGCCUUCUGAAGCCAACAAAUGAAUGCUGAAUUUUUAUUGUAUGCACGAUUGAAGAGAUUUGAGCCACUGAAGGAAAAGUAAAACUGUUUUCUGUUUCUUGAUGUUGACAAAUACUUGAAAGAGUUUAUUUGUAAAUAAAGGUGUACUUUUAGCAGUUGUAUGGCUUGUGGUAAGUAGAUAUGAUGGCCUAACUUAAAAAUUCUUUUAUUUUAGUGAAUGACAUCAAGCAUAGAAAACCUAGGUGUCUGUUUUUAAUUUAACUCCAAAGUGUGUUUUGUAAUGUGGCAAAUUGCUACUGACUGCAAAUGUAAUUACAAAACAAAAACAGGUAUGUAAAAUUUUUCAUGUCAAGUACCAAACUUUGUUUAUGAUAGCUCUGAAAGUAGACAUAUUGCAAGGAUUGCUCGAAUAUAAAUUUACAUGCACACAUGUUGUGCGAUUCCUUGAAAAGUAUGUCACAAAGCAGUUCUAUUAGUUCAGCUAAAUUACUUGAGAGGUACACAUUUGGAGAUACUUUACAAUUUCCUGUUCCUUUAAAUAUUUGCUAUAAUAUAAGCAGAAUAUUCAUCCUAGAAUGCCGAACUCAUUUAGGUUAAGCAUUUUGAUUUUGCAGUUCUCCAAUUUCAAAAGUUUAAUUAUCUACUCCACCGUUUUCAUGCUUCAGCAGCAUACACAUUUCCAAUUCUGAGGAAAGGUUGUUGAACUGAAACACUCUGCUUUCUCUUUCCACCGAUGUUGCUUGAUCUUCCAAUAUCUGUUUUUGUUUCAGAAUCUUGCAUCUGCAGUUUUACUUGUUUUAAGCUAAAUAUUGCUUUGAUGCUCAUCCUGUGUUCAGUAAGUUUUGUAAAUGUAAUCAUAAUUAAUAUUUUUAAUUAAAAAGGCUUCUAUGAAAAGAGCUGUUUUAUAUUAUUGAUAUAUUGCAGCAGUGCUGAUUAAAUUAUUUCUUCCCUAAAAUCUAUAAAACUUGACUAAAGGUAAUUGUUUGUUCAUUUAGUGUUGUUGCAGUGUUUGUUUGUCUUGUAAGUUAAAUAUCAAUUGACUUCUCAUGAAAUUUCGUAGUAUUUGUUAAACAAAUUGAAAAAUGUUGAAUAAAGAG